GUCAUUUGACCUCAAAGUACAAAACCAAAGUGUCUGCAAACGCUUCGAAAGAUCUGAUCUUCACAACGCUUCAAAAGAUCUGAUCUUCACAUUCGUUGUCAACUCUUCAAAGAAAAAAGAGAAAAACCCGAAAGGAGACAUUGACUUUGUAAUUUGCAGAUGAAAAUUGGAUUCCUUGAAUUUGUUGCUGUCAUAUUGCUGGCAUUCUUGUGCAGCCUGAAUGCAGUGUUUGGCAUUAGAUUUGUAAUCGAUAGAGAAGAAUGCUUCUCUCAUAAUGUUAAGUAUGAUGGGGAUACAAUUCAUGUGUCGUUUGUUGUCAUUAAGGCUGAUUCAGCUUGGCAUUCUGGUCAUGAAGGUGUUGAUCUUGUGGUGAAGGGACCUUCUGGUGAUCAGAUUCAAGACUAUCAUGACAAGAUAAGUGAGAAAUUUGAGUUUGUUGCUCAUCAAAAAGGAGUCCAUCGAUUCUGCUUCAGUAAUAGAUCUCCUUAUUACGAAACAGUCGACUUUGAUGUACAUGAAAGUCAUUUUACAUACUAUGAUCAGCAUGCAAAAGAUGAGCAUUUCAAUCCUUUGUUAGAACAAAUUUCUAAGUUAGAGGAAGCACUUUAUAACAUUCAGUUUGAACAGCACUGGUUAGAGGCUCAGACAGAACGACAGGCAAUAGUAAAUGAAGCUAUGAGUAAAAGAGCAGUUCACAAGGCCUUCUAUGAAUCUGCAGCACUAAUUGGAGCCAGCGUUCUGCAAGUAUACCUACUCCGACGCCUAUUUGAACGGAAGCUUGGGAUGUCCCGGGUGUAGUUCAGCACAACAAUGCAAUGUUUAUUAGCUAUAGAAUGAUGUGAACUUUUGUCAUCUCAGGCAAUUGUAAUACAUGAAUAGAAUCCAUGAAUUUAGUGACGUCUUUUAUUUGUCAUCUCAGGCACUUGUAAUCCAUGAAUAAAAUAGUAAUUCUACCAUAGUGGGGGAUUUUCAUGACCGUAUAACGUGUUCUGCUUGCUGCCUGCAAGUUAUUUACUGCCAAUGAAAUACUUUUAAGAAUGGCAUCCCAUG